GGAAGAGAAAACUGACUUGACAGCUCGUCAGGCGGCUAGAGGAGGGAGUACCAUAUACUUCUUCCUGUUGUUUAUCACAGUUUUGUUAUUUGGAUGUUUGGCCUGUUCUUGCAAUUUAAGUCCCAAAUAUGUCGUCCACUUUAGACGAAAACAGCAAGGAGAAGAUGCGCUCUGUGUCUGUGGAUCUAAACAACGAUGCCUCUCUUCUGAUUGACAUUCCUGAUGCACUAUGUGAAAGGGAUAAAGUCAAGUUUACCGUCCAUACAAAGACCACUCUUAGCUCUUUUCAGAAGCCAGAAUUCUCCGUUCCCAGGCAGCAUGAAGACUUUAUCUGGCUACAUGACACUCUGGUUGAGACGGAGGACUAUGCUGGCCUAAUAAUUCCACCUGCACCCCCAAAGCCUGACUUUGAGAGCCCAAGGGAGAAGAUGCAUAAACUGGGGGAAGGUGAAGCCACAAUGACCAAAGAAGAGUACACUAAAAUGAAACAAGAGCUGGAGGCUGAAUACCUGGCUGUGUUCAAGAAGACAGUCCAAGUGCAUGAAAUCUUCCUGCAGAGAUUGUCCUCCCACCCCAUUUUAAGCAAAGACAGAAACUUCCAGAUUUUCUUAGAGUAUGACCAGGAUCUGAGUGUGAGAAGAAAGAAUGCUAAGGAAAUGUUUGGAGGGUUCUUUAAAAACAUGGUGAAGUCAGCUGAUGAGGUCCUAAUCUCAGGAGUAAAGGAGGUAGAUGAUUUUUUUGAGCAGGAGAAGACAUUUCUGCUCGACUACUUCAGCAAGAUUAAAGACUCCACUGCUAAAGCUGAGAAAAUGACCCGUGCACACAAAAAUAUUGCAGAUGAUUACAUUCACCUUUCUGCCACUCUGAACACUAUCUCAGCUGAGGAUACAACAGCUAAUAAGAAACACCUGGAGAAAUUGUCAGACCUGUUUGAGAAGCUCAGAAAGGUGGAGGGAAGAGUCGCAUCUGACCAGGAGCUGAAACUGACAGAGUUGCUAAGAUAUUACAUGAGAGACAUCCAGGCUGCUAAGGACCUUUUAUACAGGCGUGCCCGGGCGUUAGCCGACUAUGAGAACUCUAACAAAGCUUUAGAUAAGGCAAGACUGAAAAGCAAGGACAUCGCCCAGGCAGAAGAGCACCAGCAGCACUGCCUGCAGAAAUUUGACAAACUGUCAGAAUCUGGGAAGAGAGAGCUCACAGGUUUCAAGGGCCGGCGUGUCGUGGCCUUCAGGAAGAACCUCAUAGAGAUGGCUGAACUUGAAAUAAAACAUGCCAAGAACAAUGUGGCUCUAUUGCAGGGAUGCAUUGACCUGCUCAAGAGUAACUGAUGUUUUUUUGAGUGUCCGGUCAUCACCAAAUGACCAGAUAGUCGUAAUAAAAGCAACCUGGCAUUCCCAGGGUCCCUUCAUGGACAUGGAUACAAAUUUGAGACCCACCUGCUCCCAUCCAGGGGUUGGAUACACCUUUCAAACCCUGCACAAGACCAAGUGUCUUGUGAGGAGAAUGUCUUCAUGUUUACAGAGCCCCCUGUCCUUUGGUCUGUGGUCCAUUCUUUUCCAUUAUUUAUGGAAGUCUAACUCACUGUAAAUGUCCUCAGAGAGUGAGGCUACCACCAUUUUCGUCUUCCAUAUUUGCAGCACAAUCAGAGGUGACUUUUCCUUUUUGGUAAUUCCUCAUUCUUCUUUUUAUAUUAUGCACAUAAUAUAAACUGUGCCCUUCUUCACUUAACUUCUGUCACCAUGAAUUUGGACUCUGAACAUUUCCUUCAUGUAAAUACUUUUUUUUAAGGCUUAGAGGCGUUUUUCUUCUUUUUUUGCAUAGCCACAGCCUGUGUUGUAUGAUUUAUAUGCUUAAACACUAUGUUGACAAUUUUAAGGAAGCACAGCUUUUGCCUGGAAAAAAAAACUUCUUUGUGCUUUGCAUUGUUGAGUUGUGAAAUGACAGUGUCGGCCAAACACCACAUUUAGAAGACAAGUCAGAACAUCAAUUGUCCAAAAAUAGCUGCACUUCACCUCUGGAGCAGACCGUUGAAUUGGUUCUUAUUUGUAAGAGAUGGCCUCAGAUCCAUAAUUGUCAUAGAUGCACAUUAGCUUUGCAAAUAUGAGUGAAUGUUGCAAGGUGUCAGCAAGAGAUUUGUAGAACAAGUCAAAUAAUGGACUAUUUGAGCAAUAGUGCUUUUGUCUUUGCACAUUUGCACUGAGGAUACACAAUAACCAUGUACUGUGUUUGUUCUUUACCCCAACCAGCUCUGCCUUUUCACCCUUUCCUCUUCAGUUUGUAAUUAUUUUCUUUUGCCUUUAUUUUCAUGAUAAAUUGUUAAUGACAGGCUCUCGUGUAUCUGACCUGAUAUAUUUUUACCAGAGCUUCUAAAUAAUAAAAAAAAAAACACAAGAAAACCAUGCACUAAAAAAAAGAUGAAAUACUUUACAAUUAUGAGCAGACUCGGUGGAGUGUUAAAAUGCAUUAUAGUUUUAUAUGAAAUUGAAUGUAUUUCUAAUGGAUUCCAACUGUGUGAAGUCCUCAACACGAUGCUUUUCCUACCGGAUGGUAUUUUAUAAAUUUGUAAUAAUGGCAUUCAAUAAAUAUUUUCCCAAGUUA